AACAUAAAUUUCGAUGAUAAAACCAACUUUAAUUACGUAAUUGCGAGUGGAGUUGAGCAGACCCACUGAGUCGCAAAACGAGUUCCCAGAAAAACCAAGUCAGAGCAUAUCACAAAACGUGUAUCCACAAGACCACAACAAAACUAUCUUCAUACUCCAAGUCUUUAAGCUAUUCUUCUGCAACUCCCCUUUGUUAAACACCCGAUCAUCAUCUUUUUAAUCAGAUAAGUGAAUUGAACAUCGAAUAUGUGGGCGGCGUCAUGUCUAGCAUCGUGUUGCGCGGGGUGCGCCUGUACUGCCUGCCAAACUGUUGUGUCAGGGAUUAGUAGGCGGUCUGCUCGUAUUGCGUAUUGCGGUUUGUUUGCGCUGUCACUUAUUGUGUCUUGGAUUCUUCGAACCGUUGCUGCUCCUUUUAUGGAGAAAAUCCCUUGGAUUAAUCAUUUUCACCAAACUCCGAGUAGGGAAUGGUUUGAAACUGAUGCAGUGCUUCGGGUUAGCUUGGGAAACUUUUUGUUCUUCUCUAUUCUGUCUUUUAUCAUGGUUGGUGUAAAAAGUCAGAAGGAUCCUCGAGAUGGUAUACACCAUGGAGGAUGGAUGAUGAAAGUUAUUUGCUGGUGCCUCCUCGUCAUUUUAAUGUUUUUUCUUCCAAAUGAAUUCAUCAGUUUCUAUGAGACUACGUCCAAAUUUGGUUCUGGCUUGUUCCUUCUUGUUCAAGUUGUGCUUUUGUUGGACUUUGUGCACAGUUGGAAUGACAAGUGGGUGGGAUAUGAUGAGCAGUUCUGGUAUGUCGCCUUGCUUGUUGUUUCGCUUGUAUGCUAUGUGGCAACAUUUUUAUUCGCUGGCGUCUGCUUUUAUUUGUUUACUCCUUCUGGACAAGAUUGUGGACUUAACACAUUCUUCAUUGUGAUAACUCUGAUUUUUGCUUUCCUUUUUGCUAUAGUUACACUACAUCCUACAGUAAGUGGCAGCAUUCUGCCUGCAUCGGUUAUCUCGUUGUACUGUACAUAUCUCUGUUACAGUGGGCUUGCUAGUGAACCUAGGGAGUAUGCUUGCAAUGGCCUUCACAAGCACUCUCAAGCCGUCAGCACCGGCACCCUUACUGUUGGUCUAUUGACUACUGUGUUAUCUGUUGUCUAUUCUGCGGUUCGUGCUGGAUCUUCAACAACGCUGCUGUCUCCUCCGAGCUCACCUCGAGCAGGUGGAAAGCCUCUGCUUCCUCUGGACAAGUUAGACGAGCAUGUAGAGAAAGAAAAUGCUUCCAAGCCGGUCUCAUACUCCUAUUCCUUCUUCCAUAUCAUCUUCUCCCUAGCCAGCAUGUACUCUGCAAUGCUUCUAACUGGAUGGUCAACUUCAGUCGGGGAGAGUGGCAAGUUGGUGGAUGUGGGCUGGGCUUCAGUUUGGGUUCGUAUUUUGACUGGCUGGGCAACUGCAGCUCUAUUCAUAUGGUCCAUGGUUGCCCCACAUCUAUUCCCAGAGAGGGAGUUCUGAAGCUUGUAUGUAUAUGAUAGUAUGUUGUGAUGGACAAGUCUUUAAAAGCAGAUAUUAUGUAAAUGGAUGCAUAAUGUAUCCCUAGUAACGUGUGCAACAACUGCUUGUGUGGUCUUGUGGAUAUCAGCUAACCUUUCAAUAAAUACAAUCUGGUUUUGCUUGUUAAA